AUGUCCAGUCCUUCUUCACAUCGCCCUCGCAAGAAGCGGAAGCCAGGUCCUACCUUGGUCAGAAGUGCCACCAUCACCGACAUUGUCAAGCUAGACCCUCACGCCAAUGCCGUCACACCGGAAUUUCCACUGGUCUCAUUUCUGUGGCCUUCUCGAGGGACAACUUCGCAAUGGAUCUUACUGCCAUUGAUAUUGAUGAUUGUUGGACUUUUCAGAUGGAGCAUUGGUCUCUGGGGUCAUUCUGGAUUGGGAAAGCCUCCUUUACACGGUGAUUUCGAAGCCCAACGGCACUGGAUGGAGAUCACGACCAGUUUACCAGUCUCACAAUGGUAUUUUUACGAUCUACAGUAUUGGGGGUUGGACUAUCCCCCAUUAACGGCGUACCACAGUUGGAUCUGUGGCAAAGUGGGAGCUCUCUUCAGCCAAUCAUGGUUUGCUCUUGAUGCCUCGCGAGGCUUGGAGGAUCCAAAUCUCAAAAUCUUCAUGAGAGCCACCGUUAUGGUGUCGGAAUAUUUGACCUAUAUCCCUGCCGUAAUCAUCUUUUCACGACAUUACAGCCGAUCGGAAGGCACAGGCCUGACCAGCUCAGUGAUUGCUUUAGUUGCCAUCUUGAUGCAACCCGCGGUUCUACUCAUCGAUCAUGGUCAUUUUCAGUACAACACUGUCAUGCUUGGGUUUGUCGUCGCAUCUUUAUCGAGCAUCUAUGCUGGACGUCCUCUGUGGGCGUGCAUCUACUUCGUUGCAGCUCUUGGGUUCAAACAGAUGGCGUUAUACUACUCACCCAUCAUCUUCGCAUACCUUCUGGGUUCUUGCUUCACUCCAAGAAUUCGUGUGGGUCGACUGAUCUCCAUUGCUCUCGUCACACUGAUAGCCUUUAUCGUCUUAUUUGCUCCAUUGAUUGGGGGAGCACUGUACGAUCACUACCAAAUGACGCCUUUGCCGCAUCUUUCGACCCCGCCCAUGUUGAGUGAACGCGGAAUCACUCUCGAUCGUACUGCACCCCGAGACAUUAUCCUCCUCCAGGUCUCACAAGUCAUUCAUCGAAUGUUUCCAUUCGCUCGCGGCCUCUUCGAGGACAAAGUUGCCAACUUCUGGUGCUUUACAAACACCUUUUAUAAGCUGAAGCAGCUACAGGGUGUUAUUGAGCUACCACGAUUAUCAGCAUUCAUCACACUCAUGUCCAUCACAGGGCCCAUGCUUGUGGUGGGUGCAGUUCCAAAAGUAUCACUGCUUCCUUAUGCGCUCGCCACCUCAGCAUGGGGAUUCUUCCUAUUCUCAUUCCAGGUCCACGAGAAAUCUGUUCUUCUGCCAUUGAUGCCAAUGACGCUUUUAUUGGCCAGCAAGAAAGGUUUGAGCAAGGAAUACCGAGCCUGGAUCGGAUAUGCCAAUAUCGUGGGCAUGUGGACAAUGUAUCCACUCCUCAAACGAGACGGACUGCAAGUCCCCUACGUUGUCGUCACUCUGCUGUGGUCUUUCUUACUGGGUCUCCCACCAACCAGUGCAAGCGUGUACUACGAUGCGGACAACGAAAACAUCACCGGUCGAGCUCUUGCCCCAGAUGACCUGAGAACACCCACUAAGAUACUACAUUUCCAAUCCUACGUCAUCAUGGCUUUCUGGCACUUACUGGCGGCAUUCGCUUCGCCGCCAGACGACAAGCCCGAUCUGUGGAUCGUAGUCAACGCGUGUUUUGGUGCCGCCGUGUUUGGUAUCUGCUAUCUGUGGUGUUUCUGGAAAUUGGUCUCGGAAAGUGGUUUGUUGGAUUUUUAUUUCACGGAAGGCCAAGGUCGUGUUACCGAGCGGGAGCGUUCCACUACGCCCACUCCUGAGCGAAAGAAUAAGUGA